CGGAGUCGAGAAGAGGGGGGCGUGCUUCCGGCCCCGCCUGCGCCUCUAGGUCAGAGGAUAAAUUUACAGCCCAGUUUCUCCGAAGCCUCUCCACUGAGACCGCCUUCAGCAGCAUCAUGCCUAUGAUCCUGGGUUACUGGGACAUCCGCGGGCUGGCUCACGCCAUCCGCCUGCUCUUGGAGUACACAGGCUCAGACUAUGAGGAGAAGAUUUACUCGAUGGGGGACGCUCCUGACUAUGAUAGAAGCCAGUGGCUGAGUGAAAAAUUCAAGCUGGGCCUGGACUUCCCCAAUCUGCCCUACCUAAUUGAUGGGGCUCACAGGCUCACCCAGAGCAACGCCAUCCUUCGCUACAUUGCUCGCAAGCACAACCUGUGUGGGGAGACAGAGGAGGAGAAGAUUCGAGUGGACGUUUUGGAGAACCAGGCUAUGGACACGCGCUUGGAUUUCGCCAGAGUCUGCUACAACCCUGACUUUGAGAAGCUUAAGCCAGGUUUCUUGAAAGAGAUCCCUGAAAAGAUGAAGCUCUUCUCAGAGUUUCUGGGGAAGAGGACUUGGUUUGCAGGAGACAAGCUCAACUAUGUGGAUUUCUUGGCUUAUGAUGUCCUUGACGUGUACCGCAUAUUUGAGCCCAAGUGCCUGGAUGAAUUCCCAAACCUGAAAGACUUCAUGAGCCGCUUUGAGGGCCUGAAGAAGAUUUCUGCCUACAUGAAGUCCAGCCGCUUCCUCCGAAGCCCUCUGUUUCUAAAGAUGGCCAUGUGGGGCAACAAGUAGUGCCCUGGAAGAGUAGGAGCCGGAGUGCGGAGCCAGCGCUGUGCUUGCGGCGCCAGGGCCCUGGAGAACAGCUGGACUCCCUGCACCCCCAAGACCAUCUGUCUUUUUCUUUCUCCUUCUAUUCACUCUAGAUGCCUUAUUGGCCCCCUUAUGUCCCUCCCAAUCCCCUUCCAUCCAUCCUUUAAAGUUUCAGCUCCCAACUUUUCUUCAGCAAAUUCCUCCCCUCCCCCACGUUAUCCCUCCUGCACUAAAGCCAACCCGUGAUCCUCCCCUUCCACGGUGGUUUCUGGUAUGAGAAGCCCAAGCAGACCCCAGGCCCAUGGAGCCCUGCUCUCAGCUCCCGGCACUGCCCUGAGGACCAGUAGUGGCCUGUGUGCAGGGCCUGCUUCCCAGUGUAGUUCCUGCCCAGCCCUGUCUGACCCCAGUAAAGCCUUAUUCAUA